GUCAACCUGUCGUUCAGAUGCCAUCAACAUUGUUCCCUUCCGCGGCUUCUUCUCUCAGCUCUACUGUUUAAACAUCUACCUGUUGAAAGUUGCAACUUGUUUCCCGAUUUUCCGACCCAUUCAAAAAACCAUGGCUUAAAGCCGAAGCCAUGGUAGUAACAACGCUUAUAGAGACGAUGAACGCGCGAAGCGUGAAGAGAGGCGUCUCGUUGUAUAAAGAGAAACGCCUGAACCGAUGGCGGGACAAGAGCGAUAUCGAGCAGGGCAGCAUGGUGAGGAAGCUGCCCCCGGAGAGACCCAGGGCUGAGGACCCCAUUCUGAUGGCCGAGUUACUCCACCUGAAGAAAUACCAGGGAGAGAGAAUGGAUACCGUCUCAGACUGGGAGAACUCGGUUACAGUUGUUCCGAUGCUGCACAAGGUUUGUUUCGAGGGCUAUGUGAACACUGCCCAGAAGCUACUGGAUGAAGGAGAAGACGUUAAUCAGUGUAUCGAUGAUGGACCCAAACUUCUCCGGUUUCUACAUGGAGGAUUCGUGACCUACACUGCUUUCUUUUUACACUCCACUCCACUAAUGAUGGCCGCUCACCAGGGUCACGUCCCUGUCCUCAAACUGCUGAUUCGCAAAGGUGCAAAAGUGGACCAAAGAGAUAGGAUGGGCUGUUCGGCAUUUUCAUUGGCUGUAUCCAGUCAGCGGAUGGAUGCCUGUCGUCUGCUUCUGAAACAUGGUGCUGACAUUAACAACGUCGACCAUAAGUAUAACUUCACACCUAUAAUUCUGGCCUGCCGAAAAAAUGACACGGAAUUAGCGAAGUGGCUGAUCAAGAAAGGUGCAAAUGUCAGGUUGACGGACGUGUAUGGGAGAAACUCGCUUCAUUAUGCUGCUUGGAAUUAUAACCAAGAAUUGGUACGCCUGCUGCUUUCACACCGACUGGAUGUGAACGGCCGAGAUUUUUCUGGCUGGUCUCCGAUUCAUUACGCCGUGGGUGAGCUGGAACUCGAUCCUACUCUGGAACAGGGAAUCAGGUCUCUACCCUCCAGGCUGGGGUCUCAUGGGAGUCAAGGCCCACAUCAAUAG